AGGAUUUCUCUUUGACAACUUCUUUAUUUAGUAAUUGUUUUUAUUUAUUCAUUUCUUUAUUAUAAUUUUAUGUUUGAUGCUGUGCUUGUAGGAAGACUCUCAGUAUGUGGGAUGCAUUUUUUUUAUGCAUUUGAUUACUUGAACUCAUGUUGCUUCUUCCAUGGCGGCGUAUUACAGUUCUGUAAUUCCUUUUAAUUUCCGGAGUGUUCCCAAAAGUGUUGUGAACUAGAAGAACAAACCCAAAACAAGAUUUAACAAAUCAAAUCACCCAGUUAGCUCCUGAAGGAAGCCUUAUUUGUAUCUGGGUUUCUGCUGUGACAAGAAAAAAAAGCAGAAGAAAGAAAGAGAGGUGGAAUGAAAAAGAGAAGCUGGGCAAGCUAAGAAGAGAGAGAAGAACAGUGAUGGGUUCAUGAUGAGUAAUAAUAAUGAUGAUGAAACAAGGAGAUUUAGGUGGCUCAAGAUGUCAAGACUGUGGAAACCAAGCCAAGAAAGAUUGUGUUUACAUGAGAUGCAGAACUUGUUGUAAGAGCAAAGGGUUUCAGUGCCAAACUCACGUCAAAAGCACCUGGAUUCCUGCUUACAGAAGGCGCCAGAGACCACAAAAUCUUGCUUCUUCUUCUUUUGCUUCUGCUGCUGCUGCUGCUUUUGCUGUUCAUCAACAGAAACCUCACGGACAGAACCCUAAAAGACUUAGAGAAAAUCCCUGGACAGGUUUAGAAGUGGGGAAUUUUCCUGCCCAAGUGAACUCCAUAGCAACAUUUCGUUGCUUUCGUGUAAGUUCCAUUGAUGAAGCAGAUAAUCAAUUUGCAUAUCAGACGAGUGUGAGAAUUGGAGGCCAUAUUUUCAAGGGCAUUCUCUAUGAUCAAGGUCCUGAACAAAGCUCCUCCAGCUACCUGCAAGAUCCUAAUCUCACAAGCGCUGGUGCCCUAGCCAAUGCUACUACUUUAGCUUCAACAUCUUCAUCAGUUGCUGCAGAUUCACUUCCUCCUACAUAUUCAUUUCCCCUUAAUGCCUUCAUGUCCGGUACGCAACUUUUUCUCCACCCAAAAUCGUAGGGCUUGUUUGGUUUCAGAAAUUCAUUAAUAAAAGAAAAUCAGCUGUUUUUUUUUCCAAUUGUAAAUUGAUUCCAUUCUGCAAGCUAUACAUAAUAUAUCUACAUUAUUAUUGAUGGUCUUUGAACUUGAAAAAUGAAUAAGGGAGAUCAUGAUCUUCAUGUUCAUUAAUUGUUUAAAUUUCAAUUAUUACAAUAUAAUAUUUUGAUGUUCAA